AUGCACAUAGCACUGAGAGGUUGCUUUAUAUGCAGCAGUUCAUUUUCUGAACACAGGUGCACUUCAGCUGUUGAAGGGAACAAACAAGCAGACACAGGAGCAGAUUGUGGCCCAUGGAGUUCUCCUUGCGUCUCCUUGGAGAGCCAGCUCAGAGCCUCAGACAGCUCAAAAUACUGCCUCUCAGGUAAUGAAGAAAAGAAUGCGGAGUUCACAGCUGUUGAUUGUUUCCAGCAGAAAUUUGGCCCUGCAGUGCUGCCCCUAAAACAGCAAUGUGUUGUCAGAAUAGCAGAAGAAGGUGUUAAUUUGUGUCAUCAUGGAAAACUCUCAUGGCCUGAAACAGUAACAAAGAGGAGUGUUUUUCUAUUUGAUACCUUUCUUCUGGGACCCCAGGCUUUUGAAAAUGGAUUAAAAAUGGUGCUUGAAGAUAAAAACAUCUUGAAGGCUGCUGAUGCUCUGCAGUUUUCAAUGACUACAGGUGCUUUUCCUCCACACCGUGUCUGCACAUUACGGGAGUGUUUGAUGCAGCCCUUGAAGAUACCUUCCAAAUGGAAUGCCAUCCUGAAGUGCAGGCAGCAGUUGACUUCAAUGAGUGAUUCAGAGAAUCCUGACAUAUGGUUCUUGAGACUCUUCCCAGCUUCUCUGCUUAAUGCACUUGUUCUGAACGCUAUGUACCUCCUGCUGGUCCACUCAUCUCUAAUGGAUAACUUGAUGUCUGACCUAUCAGCUGUAGGUUAUUUUAAUGCUUUGGACUGUCCUGGAGAUCACCUUGUGAGCACAAAUCCCACUUUUACAGAGCUGCCAGAGGAGCUGUGUCAGCUGGCAGACAUCCAGAAGCUGAAGAGGGAGAAAGCAAUAAAAGACUACAGGAUGAAUGAGGAUGGUCUUUUGGUGAGACCAGCCAUGGAAUCUAGUAGAGAAAAAAAUCCACAGAAGGAUGGAAACUACAGACAUAAUUGGAAUUGA